GGGGCCUUGGGAACCCUUGAGGCACCCCUACGAGGUGCGGGGAGCCCCAGAGAGCCUUUGGGGCCCGAGCGGGGGGGGUCAGGAGCAGAGGGGAAGGCGGCCGCGCCCGGAACGGCCGUGCCGCGGCGUGGGGCUGCCCGGGCGCUGUCGGGGAAGGACCGGGCGGGGAGGAGCGGGGCAGGGCCGCCUUUCCCUGCGGCGCCGCCCGGCUGUGGCGGUCGCGGCCUGCCGAGCGAAGCCGAGCCGUGCCUCGCUCCGCCCGCGGCCGGGCCAUGGCGGGGCCGCAGCUGGACGCCGAGCUGGCCAAGCGGCUCUUCUUCGAGGGCGCCACCGUCGUCGUGCUGGGCGUGCCCGAGGGCACCGAGUUCGGCAUCGACUACAACAGCUGGGCCGUGGGCCCCCGGUUCCGCGGCGUCAAGAUGAUCCCCCCGGGCGUCCAUUUCCUCCACUACAGCGCGGCCAGGGGCGCCGGCAGCCGGGAGACGGGGCCGCGGGCGGGCUUCUUCCUGAGCCUGCAGCGCCGGGAGGUGCGGGUGCUGCGCUGGGACGCCGGCAGCGAGGCGGUGGACCUGGCGCCCCCGGCCCCAGGGGAGGCCGAGGCCCUCAGGGAGAACCUGCAGGAGAUGGACAAGUUCCUUGGGCCCUACCCUUACGAGACCCUGAAGAAAUGGAUUUCCCUCAGCAGCUUCAUCAGCGAGCCGGUGAUGAGGAAGCUGCAGCCGGAGAGCGGGCAGAUCACCGCCUUCUCCGAAGUGCUCCCGGUUGCAGCAGGGAAGCACCCCGAGGACCGCGCGGGGCAGAACCGGCCCCCGUACGACACGGGGUGCAAGAGCUACGCCGAGGGCAUGGCACGGCUUCCCGAGAUGAAGCCGAGGGCUGGCACUGAGAUCAGAUUCACAGAGCUGCCGAAGCAGAUGUACCCUGACGGAGCUACUCCAGAGGAGAUAACCAGGCACAGCAUGGACCUUAGCUAUGCUCUAGAAAAAGUGAUCGACCAGCGAUAUGCCAGCCAGCCUCAGGAUUUGCUCGCUGAGUUGCAGUUUGCUUUUAUCUGCUUCCUGAUUGGGAAUGUAUAUGAUGCAUUUGAACACUGGAAAAGACUCUUAAAUAUUCUGUGCCGUUCUGAAGUUGCCGUUGGAAAGUAUCAAGACCUUUACACCAAUCUCAUCUUUGUGCUGUAUCACCAGCUCAAUGAAAUCCCAUCUGAUUUUUUUGUGGACAUCGUCUCCCAGGACAACUUUUUAACCAGCACCUUACAGCACUGGAAAAUCUGCCUCUAUUUGCAGCAUGCUCACCGAGCAAUGCUUAGCCCUGUGAAGUUACAGCAGUAGAAAGAAUGUGUCAACCGGCCAUUCUUUCCAUCUGAUGGAAAUUUUGGAAACAUUCUGUCUUGCUGGUUAUCUUUCCUUUUUGGGCGCCUGAGUAUUGCAUGCCCUGCGAUUUCAUCCGUCUUUGCUUUUUAUGUAAGCUGAUGCCCUUAGUGUGGCUGUGUUGGCUUCAGUGAUCACCGUUAAUCCCUAGCAGGAGUCACCACGCUCCUAGUAAUGAAAAAGAAAUUUGCCUUAUGGUUGAACUGAGCCUCUCCUUGCUAAGAGUCCUCUGCGUCCCUGCUCCUGUGGGAUUUCACGGAUGUGCUGAAACAGUGCCAGGGACUUGUGUUACCCAGGCUCUUCGUGUGCACAGUCAUCAGAGUUAACAGCCUUACCUGGAUGUGGGCAGGUGGAUGGAAGUGCCAAAUGGGAGAGGCUGGGGGGUGUUAUCUGUGUGUUCAGCUCUGAGUGCAGCGAUUUUAUCUUUGGAGUUUGAUCUAAAGCAGGAAGAGUGCAGAAUAACCUCCAUUGAGUACUGCAACCCUGACAACGUUUAAAGAAAGAAAGAUUGAUGAAAUAAGUAGUUUAAUGUGCAAUUCGUUGAGGAGAAGUGGGAGGUAUAAUCUUUUAAUCUUUUUUGUCAUAGCGGUGUUUCUGUGUAAGGGAGCUGUGUUACCAAGAGUUAGUUUUACACUACAACAAUCAGGGAAUGGGCAAAUGAUCAUAAGCAAAGCAACAAACGUUGCUGUUCAUUGUCAGUGCUUUAUGCAGCUGUCAGUGGGUCUCUUCCAAGUAAGAAUUUGUUUUUUUCCCCAAGCAGUUUUUCCUUCAGUUCCAUUGUGCAAUGAAAUUUUUCUUUGACUUCGAAAUAUAAAUUUCUUCCUAUGGAAAUGAACUCUGGACCACACGUUCGGUGUAGGAUCAGAAGUGGGCUGAUGAGAGAUGGGAUUUCGGGCUAAAUGCCCUGUUUAAUCAUACACAGGUACUUUGACUCUUAAAAUGCCAACAGAAGGCUGUGAAUUUAUGAAAAGUUUAUAGAUUUGUGCGUGUUUGAAUGGCGGAGAGGAGCCACCCUCAAAGGUUAUUCCAGAUUUCAGUGCCCUGUGCUGAAAAGAAUAGCUGUGCUCGGAAUAACUGGACUUUUUCAAGAGAGCUCCCAUUCCUUUCUUACCUUCAAGGCAUUUUAUUGCAUUUCCUCUAUGUUUCCUAAGGUGUUGAUUAUACAAUAUUGCAAAAAUAUGCGGGGAGAUCUCGUGGUCCAUCCAACCGUGAAAAAAAUGGGUAUAAUUACCUGUUGGCCUUGUCGAUUCAUGCUGUAAAAUUGCAUAUGUGGCAGAUAAAAAUUCAGUCUCUUUUUUUUUUUACCCUCCUGCUCUGCCAGAGGGUUUUUUUUGCUCACAGUUAAGCAUAUUUCAGAAUUCUGCAAUACAUAUUUAAUAACACAUAUAUGCGUUUGCUUGAAACAAAGUUAUUACCUCAGUGCAAAUAUUUCUAAGGCUAACUCAGUGGAAUACAAGCAGAACGUCCGUCUGUCUUGGCUGUGGGAUGAGAGACAAAGUGCAGGCUUUGCACUUAGGUUGCCCCAAAGCUGGUUUCCAGGAUGUCUGAUCCUUUCCCAGUGGACCUAACUUUAAACUUACCUGGUACACACUGUUGAUGAUGCUCAGUUUGUGCCACGGCUGAGUUCUUACUGACA